GAGCGAGCAAGACGGGGUUGAUAUCUCAGUAUUCCGCCUGCCAUUGCUUGAUCAUCUUGUGCGCCCCAGCAUGGGCGAUCGUGGCGACGGCUGGAUCACCGUGGGCCGACGCUUGGCCCUUGAAGGAGAAUCAUCAUGGGCCGAACAAGAGGUGAGGGAGCGGGAGGUCAUCGAGGCAUGGGAUCAUGACGAGCAGUGGCCGAGUGUGCACAAACCAAACUUCAACGGCCCUGAAGCAAAGCGAUUCGACUCCCGUCUGACCCAUCUCGACUACCUUGGCGGCGGCGCCUUUGGCCGCGUCGACAAAGUGACCCAUGCCUCCGUCUGCCUCGCCCGGAAGCGCAUCAUGCGGCGCCGCGGCCUGACAAUCGACGACUUGCGCCAGGAAGGGCUGACGAUGCGCAAGCUGGACCAUCGCCAUGUCGUCAAGCUAGUGGCAGCUUACAUGCCGCGGCCGCAUGAGCUCUGUCUGCUCAUCUGGCCCGCCGCCGUCUGCGAUCUCGACACCCUGCUCGACGAUCUGGAUUCGAUACGCACAGGCAAAGGAGACCGCGGAGAGAUCUUGGCACGGCUCGAUGCACUGGAGCUCAACGACUUGAGCGCGAUUGAGCCGUCGACGGUGACGCAAAACAUGGACUCGCUUGCGAGAUGCCCGUUCGAGUUCCUCCGCGGCGUCGUUGGCUGCGCGGCCCGUGCAAUGGCAUACUGUCACCUAAACGAUGUUCGCCAUCUCGACAUCAAGCCAUCUAAUAUCCUGCUCAAGCCCGGCCGAGUGUACCUGGCCGACUUUGGCAUCUCCAAGGAUGUUAGUGGCCAGGAUCAAACCACCAUCGAUGGCAAUCCUGGGACAGAAAAGUGGCGCGCCCCAGAGCUCUACAGCCAGAAUGGUUCUAGUAUGCAGCUGUCCGACAUGUAUUCUCUGGGACUGGUCUAUCUCAACAUUGCAACGGUGCUAUACAACGUGAGGCUCUCCGAGUUCGACGACGCCUUGGCCUACCAAGCCGAUCUCGCCCGUAGUGAGAAGCUCGCAAUUCGAGAAGACAACCUCCAGCGUCUCCUUGAAAAACUCACUUCCCAUGCCUUGGUAACGCCGCAAUUCAUGUUUACUUAUGAAGGCCAAGAAACGGUCAGGCCACGACCGCUCGUGAAUCUCAUUGCCAAGAUGAUAUCACCCUCGCCCCGUGCCCGGCUACCGGCCGAUAAAGUGGACGAAAAGUUAUCCAUGAUAGGAGGGAUUCAUCAGAUAUACCACGGCGAAUGCUGCAAACGCCCAGUCUCCUGGGUUGAAGAUAAGUGGGACAAGAAAUUCGUCUCACUAAUGAGCCUCAAGGCAGAAAAUGAGGACUUAAAAAAGAAGAUUGCCGAAUUGCACGGCAGAGAUGAGACGUAUGAGAAACGAUUGGAGAAUGCGAGAAAGGCGCAUGAGCAUGAUGUCGCCAAGCUCCAGGCACUAUUGAAAAGUGCCGAGGAAAAAUGUCAGAAGCUAGAGCAGGCGCAGGGAGGCCGCAGAAAAAACCAUGAUCGCGACCAUCAUCACCAGAACCAUCAUCGCCAAGGCAGCCAAGGAUCGAAACCACACAAUUCUCCUUCGCCAUCUCCGCGCGGUAUUGGUCUCGGCCUGACAAAGGCCCAGUCGACUCCAUCAGCUAUCCCACAGCGGCCGCCAGUCCGGCCUCGGUUCCAGUCGUCGCCUCGGGCCUCCUCGGCCAACUUUCAUACGCCCACCCCACCGUCUCGUUCAACGGAAUCACUAUCGCGAUUCAGCAACAGCUCAACAAUCAAGGCCGUUCAGCAAAUAUCGCCCGGCCUGCCGAAUAGGACCCCUAGCACCACAAGCUUGUCGGGAUACACGCUGCGGUCCAGGGGUUCGGGAUCUAAACUGCCCCUUCCCGUAACUCCCGGCAGCCGAUCAGGCACUCCCAACCUCAAUCAGGAACAAAGUUUGACAGACAGCAGCAUGGCGUCGUCCGUUUUUUCCAGAAAGAGCGUGGAUACCGUGCCAACGCCCACUCACAGCCCGGCCGUAAGCAAAGUAUUGGAGGCCGACGUUGAACCAGAUGUCCACUGGGGGGAACUCCCCAUUCACAGGGAACGGAGACCCUCAACACCGCCACCUCCUCCAAGCCCAGGCUUGUCGCUGUCUCCUUCGGUCAUGUCAUCGCCUACAUCGAUGAAGGCUGACCUCGCGUAUGGUGACGACGCCGACCCGAACGUAACUGUGAGGCCGCGGAAGAUUGCCACGCUACAGCCAAUGAGGAGCUGGGCAGAGGUAGCCAAGAAGGAAAUCAAGCAGCUCAGGAGGUUGCAAGGAUGA